ACCUUAUCCUAGUUUUCAUUCAACAAAUCAAUCAUGUUACCUCUAACAUUAGCUAUUCCUACAAUACUCUUUCUAAUACUCAUUUUGAUUCUAUCAUCUCAUCUAAUUUUUCAUCCAAAACAACAUCAACAUAAUAAAAAACAUCCACCUGGUCCAAAACCUCUCCCAAUUAUUGGCAACCUUCACAUACUAGGAAAACUUCCACAUCGUACCCUUCAAACCCUUUCUAAAAAACAUGGACCCAUCAUGUCCUUAAAAUUAGGAAAAAUUCCAACUAUUAUAGUUUCUUCCCCUGAAAUAGCCAAACAAUUCCUUAAAACUUAUGACACUGUUUUCUCUAGUAGACCAAAAAUUCAAGCCUCAAAAUACAUGUUUUAUGGUGGAAAAGGAUUGGGUUUAGCUCCAUAUGGCACCUAUUGGCGCAAUAUGAAAAAACUUUGUACUUUGCAUCUUUUAAGUGAUUCAAAAAUUAAAAUGUUUGAACCUUUGAGGAACGAGGAAUUGAGAGUGUUGUUGAAAUCGAUUGAGAAAAAUGCGAUUUUAGGUGAAGUUGUGAAUCUUAGUGAGAUGGUUGGAGAAGUGAUAGCAAAUAUUACUUAUAAAAUGGUGUUGGGGUGUAAUAAAGAUAGUAAUUUGGAUUUAAAAGGACUUAUCCGUGAAGCAAUGAACUUGGCUGGAAGUUUUAAUUUGGCAGAUUUUUUGCCUUGGUUAGACAUAUUUGAUCUUCAGGGACUAACAAGUCGAAUGAAGAAAACAAGCAAAUCAUUUGACCAAAUGGUGGAGAAGAUAAUCAAAGAUCAUGAGCAUUCUUCAAACACCAUAAAAGAAGACCCUCACCAUAAGGACUUUAUUGACAUAUUACUUUCAUUAAUGCAUCAAUCCAUGGAUCCUCAUGACAAAGAACAAAAACAUGUCAUUGAUAUAACUAAUAUCAAAGCAAUUAUAUUAGACAUGAUUGGUGGAGCAUUAGACUCAUCUACAACAACAAUUGAAUGGAUCAUGUCCGAACUCUUAAGACAUCCAAAUGUUAUGAAGAAACUUCAAAAUGAGAUAGAAAAUGUGGUUGGUAUGAAUAAUAAGGUAAAAGAUAUUCACUUUGAAAAUUUACCUUAUCUUAAUAUGAUAGUGAAAGAGACAUUAAGAUUAUAUCCAGCUGGACCGUUACUAGCACCUCGCGAGUGUUUAAAAGAUGUCACAAUUGAUGGUUACUACAUAAAGAAAAAUUCUAGAGUCAUAAUAAAUGCUUGGGCAAUAGGACGAGAUCCUAAAGUUUGGACGGAUAAUUGUGACGUGUUUUAUCCAGAGAGAUUUAUGAAUAGUAAUGUUGAUCUUAGAGGACAUGAUUUUCAACUUAUACCAUUUGGAUCGGGCCGUCGAGGGUGUCCAGGCAUUCAAUUGGGCCUAAAUACUGUUAGGCUUGUUGUGGCCCAAUUGGUGCAUUGUUUUAAUUGGGAGCUUCCAUUUGGUAUAUCUCCUAAUGAUUUGGACAUGAGUGAGAAAUUUGGCCUCUCAAUGCCAAGAAAUAGCCACUUGCUAGUUGUGCCAACAAUUCGUAGACAUAAAAAACCACCAGGUCUAGAAGGUCUACCAAUUUUAGGCAACCUUCACAUCCUAGGGAGCCUUCCUCAUCGUACUCUUCAAACCUUGUCCCAAAAAUAUGGUCCUAUAAUGUCUCUAAGAUUAGGACUAGUUCCAACAAUUGUAGUAACUUCCCCUGAAUUAGCUGAACUAUUCUUAAAAACACAUGAAUCUAAUUUUGCAAGUAGACCAAAAAUUGAAGCAUCAAAGUAUCUUUCUUAUGGCAACAAAGGUUUAGUUUUUUCUCAAUAUGGUCCUUAUUGGAGAAACAUGAGAAAAGUUUGCACCUUGCAACUUCUAAGUGUGAUGAAAGUUGAGUCCUUUGCACCUUUGAGGAAGAAUGAAGUUGAAAGGAUGGUUGAAUUGGUAAAGAAAAAAGAAAGGGUUGGUGAGGUUGUGAAUAUUAGUGAAAUUGUGGAAGGUGUUUUAGAAGAAAUUGUGUAUAAAAUGGUGUUGGGGUGUAGUAAGGAUGAUAUGUUUGAUUUGAAGGGGUUAGUUAAAGAGAUUAUGCUUCUAGCUGGAAAGUUUAAUUUUGCAGAUUUUGUGCCUUGGAUUGGAGUCUUGGAUUUACAGGGAUUAAGGAGAAGCUUCAAGAGAACAAGUAAAGCACUUGAUAAAAUGUUGGAAAAAAUAAUCAAUGAUAAAGAACAAAGUUUCAAUGCACAAAAUGGUGGUCAUAAAGAUUUCAUAGAAAUAUUACUCUCAAUGAUGGACCAACCAAUUGACCCUUAUGAUGAACAAAAUCAUAUAAUUGAUCGAACAAACAUAAAAGCCAUUAUUUUAGAUAUGAUUUCAGCAGCAUUUGAUACUUCCACAACUGUUAUUUUGUGGGUUUUAUCUGAGCUAUUAAGAAAUCCAAAGGUUAUAAAAAAAAUUCAAGAUGAACUAGACAAAGUGGUUGGAGUGAAAAAAUUAGUAGAGGAAAUUGAUUUAGUAAAAUUAAAUUAUUUGGAUAUGGUGAUUAAGGAGAGUUUUAGAUUACAUCCUGCCACGCCAUUAAUUAUGAGAGCGUCCAUAAAAGAUACAAUUAUUAAUGGUUAUCACAUUGAAAAAAAUUCGAGGAUCUUGAUAAAUAUAUGGGCAAUUGGAAGAGAUCCAAAAAUUUGGUCGGAUAAUGUUGACGUCUUUUAUCCUGAGAGAUUUAUUGACAAUAAUAUUGAUAUUAAAGGAAAUGAUUUUGAGAUGUUACCAUUUGGGUCUGGCCGAAGAGGAUGUCCUGGAAUGAACUUAGGUCUUGUAAGUGUUAAAUUUAUUUUAGCUCAAUUGAUGCAUUGUUUUAAUUGGGAGCUUCCAAAGGGUAUUAGUAUUGAGGAAUUGGACAUGAUGGAGCAAUAUGGUUUAACAGCCCCAAGAGCAACACAUUUGUUUGCAGUUCCAAAAUAUCGUCUUCUUAUAUAGCACUAUAUUGAUGGAUCAAAUUGAUAGUAGUUUUUCUAGUUUGAUUUUGAUGUAGUAAAAAGUAUGUCAUUUGAGUUAUGGAUUUUCAAUAUAUUUUGUGGUAGUGUAAUAUCUGCAUGUUUGGAAUGACAUUAAAAUUAAAGAAUCACAAUGAAUUAUUAUCAACAGAAUAA